CGACUUCAUGAGCACGCAGUUGGCGCCUCUUACCCAACGGGCAUAAUUAGUUGAGGCAUGCCCUGGUUGCUGCCCAGAUCAUAAACGUAGCCACUAUAAAUACGCACGAACCGAAUCUCGCAGCCAAAACCACACUAGAAAGAAGAUUUGUAUUGAUCGAGAGCUAGCUCUAGCUGCAGCGAUGCCUCGCUCACGCUGCCUCUCGGCGUCAGUACUACUCCUCGCGCUCGCCGUGGCGGCGGCCAGCGCCUCCUCGGCCUCGCCGGCGGCCUCACCGUUCGAGGCGCACCAGCAGGACGAGCGGAGCAUCCCGAGCGACGCGCACCUCGAGGAGGCCACGCGCCUGCUGGCCGCGGAGGGCGCGACGCUGGCGGCCAUCUGGGCGGAGAAGAAGAACACGCUGGCGCAGCCGCUUGAGCAGCAGCCGGGCGGCGGCGUGGCCACGCAGGGCGACGACCAGAGCUCGUCGGGAAGCGGCGAGCACGGCAAGGAGGAAGGGAACAGCAAGGAGGGCGAGAAGCAGGGCAAGAGCUGCCUCACCAAGGAGGAGUGCCACAAGAAGAAGCUGCUCUGCGGCAAGGGCUGCACGCUCUCGGCGCACAGCAAGUGCGCCGCCAAGUGCACCAAGUCCUGUGUCCCCACCUGCUAGGACUAGAAGCCAUGGCCGAGAUCUUAGUCUUCAGUUUGAGCGUGGCGUUGUGUGUCUUAGUCUUGAACUCUCGAUAAGGUCGAACUCUUGAUUAGGUCUGGGAGUGCCAAUUCUGAAGUAGUAGAUGGAGUGGGGAAUAAGGAGGGGCACUUGCUGCCUGCAUGCGUACCUCUCUGGUGUCUAUCAUCUGUUUGGGUUACAGUUUGUGUGAAGGUUCUUGGUGUCGAGAUUAGUGGAUAAUCUUGGUGGCAAUUUUAAUCUGAAUGGAAGUUCGACCUGUUUGUUGCA